AUGUCAAUAUCACUCCUUUUCCUCUACAUUCUCUUCUUCCCUUCCUACACGACUCUCCCUAAUCCCAUUCUCCCAACACCAUCAUCUCAUCCAACAACAUUAACUAUCCCUUCAUUCCAAGAACAAUCUUAUGUUAAAGGCUAUCCUUUAUCUCUCUCAAAUGAACUUUUCAAUGGCAUAAAAAAUGCAUGUAGUUCGUCAAAACACAGUAAACUCGACCGUAGCCGAUGUUGUCCCGUUCUUGCAGCAUGGUUGUAUUCUUCCUACUCUGCCACCGCUCUUAGAAACCACCCAUCACCGUCGUCAUCAUCAUUUGACAUGCCUUUGGUGCCAGAUGAUUCAGAAACAUGUGUGGAUGGUUUGGAAAAGGCUUUGAAAGUUAGAGGAAUUGAGAUUGUAAAUCCAAAUGAGAGUUGUGAUUUGGUGUAUUGUUAUUGUGGAAUUAGGCUGCAUCCUUUUAACUGA